AUUUUCGAUGCUCUUUUGUUUUAAGUCAUCCCGGAUUGUGCAAUAUUUUUGUUGAAUUCCUCCGUCUAUAGUGGAGACGAAUGAUUCAGGACCAGGGAAGGCCGUAGCAAUCAUGUCUUCGACAUCGGCGUUACAGAAAGCUAUUGAGCUUGUAACAAAAGCAACAGAGGAAGAUAAAAACAAGAACUAUUCUGAAGCAUUACGUCUCUAUGAAUCUGCUGUUGAGUAUUUCCUUCAUGCCAUGAAAUAUGAAGUCCCAAAUGAACGCGCUAAGGAAAGCAUCAGAGGAAAAUGUAAGCAGUACCUUGAUAGAGCAGAAAAGCUCAAGGACUACAUAGAAAAGAACAAAGACAGAAAGAAGCCUGUAAAAGCAGGGGAAGGAAAUUCAGGGAAAAAAGGUGGAAAAGAUUCAGAUUCAGAUGAUGAAUCAGAUCCUGCCAAGAAAAGGAUGGAAUCCAAAAUGGAAGGUGCUAUUGUUGCAGAAAAACCCAAUGUAAGUUGGGAUGAUGUGGCAGGCUUAGAGGGAGCAAAGGCAGCCUUGAAAGAGGCUGUUAUAUUGCCAAUUAAAUUCCCACACAUGUUCACAGGCAAGAGACAAGCUUGGAGAGGCAUCCUGCUGUUUGGGCCUCCAGGAACUGGUAAAACUUACCUAGCUAAAGCUGUUGCAACUGAAGCAAACAACUCAACAUUCUUCAGUGUUAGUUCAGCAGAUCUGGUUUCAAAAUGGUUGGGAGAAUCUGAACAGCACGUGAAGACACUCUUUGAAAUGGCUCGUGAACAUAAACCAUCCAUUAUCUUCAUUGAUGAAGUGGACUCCCUCUGUGCCUCAAGAUCAGAACAAGAGUCAGAGUCUGCCAGACGAAUCAAGACAGAAUUUCUUGUACAGAUGCAGGGUGUUGGAAAUCAAAAUGAUGGAGUUUUGGUUCUUGGAGCAACCAAUAUACCUUGGGUGCUAGAUUCUGCCAUCAGGAGACGAUUUGAGAAACGUAUUUAUAUUCCACUCCCUGAAGCAAAUGCUCGUACAAGUAUGUUCAAGCUGAAUUUAGGAGACACGCCUCACAGUCUUCAUGAGGAAGAUUUCAGGUUACUUGGUUGCAGAACAGAAGGGUACUCUGGUGCAGAUAUAAGUAUUGUUGUUCGAGAUGCUUUAAUGCAGCCAGUUAGGAAAGUCCAAACAGCCACCCAUUUCAAGUAUAUUCGUGGACCAUCUCGUGAAGAUCCGAACAGAUUUAUAGAAGAUUUACUUACGCCUUGCUCUCCUGGUGAACCUGGUGCCUUUGAAAUGACCUGGGAGCAAGUUCCAGGAGAUAAGUUGUUUGAGCCUGUAGUAUCAAUGAGUGAUAUGUUACGGUCCCUAGCCGAUUCCAAGCCUUCUGUAAAUGAUGAGGAUUUGGAUAAACUACGUAAAUUUACUGAAGACUUUGGACAAGAGGGAUAAAUGGUCAGUAAGGGUUAUCUUUAUGGUAAUACAGUAUGUUUAAAAUAGUGUGCAAUUUGCUGGUUAUGUCCAUAGUGAGAAAUUUUGAGCUGGUAUUAAAACUCAUCACCUUUAUUUUGAAAUCAAUAAUGUACUUUUAUCCCACAGUAAAGUUUUCUCAGCAUCGUAGGGAAGCUUGAAUGAAUGACUUAGAAAAAUGUCUUGGGGUUGUGAUAUCUUCAGUAGUGCUGUUGUUUGUUGAAUUUUGACUGAAACCCGGGUUUUUGCAAGUUUACACUACAAAAUUAUUAAGUCAUUAUUAGUUUCCUGUGCUGACUUUUUUCGUAGUCAAUUGAUCUGUAGUAACAAAAACAUUUUGGUAUUUUGCAGUUUGUAAAAUUUCUCAGGCAUUCAAAGGUAGCACACUUUCAAGUCUUAUGUCUCAUGAAGGCUUAAUAUGGUAACAUUUCAUUUGACAAAACCUCUCUUAUCAUACAGCAUUCAUGAGCAUUAUUGCCAUCAGCCAAUUUGCCAGGGUUUUGGGUGAGAGAGGAUGUAAUGUCACCUCAAAUCAGGUAAAUGUCUGCUAUUUUAGUAAUGUGUAAUUCACUUUUAUUUGCAUUUGUACUUUAUAUACUGUAUUUCCUGAGAGAAAGUUCAUAACAUUUGAUAUAUGGAAGUGUGAUUACUUUAUACGAUUUUAUCUUAAUUUUUUUUUAUAAUGCUUUAGAUUUAGCUUCUCAACUUCAUCUUCAUUGUAAAGUAAAAAUUAACUUGGAAAAAUGCCUGUCAAGUAUUUGGCAGGCUAUAUGUUUUGUUGUUUAGUGUUGUAUGUUUAUUGCUGUAUCAAGGGAUUUUAUAAUGUUCAUACUUGAAGCUGGUUUUGUUCAUUGAGCCAUUUCAGAGUGAAAUAGAUAAAAAAAAAUAAUGGGAUUGCAUUGUAAAUCAGUCAUUGACAAUGUUUGCAGAUAUUUUAUGCCCUUGCAACAAACUGUACAAGGGCUGCUUCGUGCUGGUCAGGGUCUCUUGAUGCUUUUUAUUUAGAAUGUACUGUAUUUUUGUCAUUUCUGUUCAAAAGACUUUUGUUAUAUAUAUAUAUAAAUAAACUAAAAAAUCACUGGCAAUAUUUGCAGUAUCCAUAAUUUGUGGACUGCAGCUGAUCUUUUCCUGUACUUUCCAAGUAUUUUCUAGGUCCAAAUUUAUGUAACAUCUCAAGGUUUCUUCAUUAAUGUUACCGUACUUAGUAGGCUUGUACUAGUUAAAGUAAAAGUAUUGGACAAGAAUAGGUAAAAUACUUCAUGUUGCAUUUAUUUAACCAAUACUGUACUUUUCUGAGUUAUUACAAUAUAUAUUAAUUACUCAGAACUGUGAACAAAAAUUUUUAUAUGAUGAAUUACAACAUAGGUAAAGCAAAAUUGGUGAUAUAAAAAUCACAGUGCCAUUUAAAAUAACGCUCUUAAGUCAUUGAUUAGAGCACUUUUGUCAAAAUCACAUUUUGUAUUUAAAUUUUUUGAAAAAUAGCUUUAUUUGGGUUGGUUUUAAAUGUGUAAAUUUUUGUUUAUUGAAUAUCGAAGUGUGGUGAAUACAUAGUUUUGCUAGCCAUUCUGGCCAGCCUUAUUCGAAUCGAGUAUUUUUUCUUGACUGCUCUGGGUAAACUAGUAUUGGUAACAGUAAUGAUUAUUCGCGAAUAAAGGCUUUUACAUUGACAAAAUUGUGUAACUAAGCGCACUUUUAGAGGAAUUCAAGUCUUGUUCAAAGUGAGUUACCUACAGUAUUUUGGUUUGUGCUUGCAAUAUUGUGAGAAGUAACGUGACAAUGAUAGACUACACUUACAGCUGCUGCUAUCAUUUAUAGCGACAUUAAUAAAGAGCUCCAUCUUUUGAAACCAGGCAUGGCUGUCAUAGAGAUGAUUACUUUAUGGGCUUAAAAUACGAAUAUGAAUUACUCUGUCCAUUACGUGUUCGGUUUCUUUGAUCUUAGCAAAACAGAGUAUUGAAUCAAUGACUUGAUUGAGUAGAUUUUUAAAUGUUACAUAUCUCGUGAAUUUGCUUUGUUACCCUUUGUUUCCUUCUACUUAAGGAAUAUUGCUGAGUUGUAUCUGACGAAGGUGACGAUUAAUCCUUGGGAAAAAUGUGUGUGAAUCUUGCAUACUUGAAAGACAGUAUAGACUUAAAUUAUGAUGUCAGUGUAUGAUCUUCCACCUGGAGCUAUAAGCUGCUAGUAUGAAUUGUACAGUAAAUUUAAUGGAAAUUCUAGAUUUAAGCAUUCAGAAAGCUCAAGUAAAAGCAUUUUAAGCUUAGCUCAGCCUGUUUGUAAGUGAACUGGACAAAUCAGGAAGGGAGGAAGUAUGGGUUUGCCCAGCUUAAUCUGUUCCCUAAGACAUAUUAAUUAUGGUACUAUUCACCGGUGGCCAGUUUUUUAUCAUUUUUAGUGCAAGAUUCAUAUUACGUAUGGUUUGAUGUUAGUUGGCAUUUGUAGUUUUUCAUUAUUUUUACUAAAAUAUUCCAGUCCAGUUUAAAUUGAUAGGACUAUUUAGAUUCAUUGGUUUUUAUAACUACUACUUUGUCACAAGGGGAGCAGCCAGGCAUUGCUUCACUUUUCAAUGCAUAUGAAAUGUACUUAAACAUUAUUCCAUAAUUAAUUUUCUUCAAAGUCUUAUCCUUUUAAAUUUCCUGGCCACUGAAUUUCUAGCCCCAGGAGAAUCAAGAACCUCGGCUUGGUCAUCUGAGCAUAUUGUUAUUUGUAAUUGGCUGAUGCAUCGAUUAGCAGAAACCAGAAGCCGUUAGAAGGUACAGCUUAAGUUGAAUAUGUUAUUGUAAGUUGGUUUUAUUUUUAUUAAAAAAACUCAACAGUACAGUGAAUUUCAGCCCACUGGGCGAGAAAGGUUCAUGUGAACUUUUCCAGUCUUUAAGUAACCUUUGAGAUAUCAGUUUUGACCAAAGGGGAUUUUUCUUCCCCAACUAGAAACUGAUGAACAAAUAAUGAUGGAUAAUGUUGCUCUUAUGGCACUCCUCCAAAAAGAAAAUUGACUAUUGAGCCAAUAUGUUACUGUGUGGAAGACAAAUUGUGGUGCUCUCCAAAGAGGCAAGUAAUAUGGUGAUAAUGGAGAACGCUUGUAUUGGCGUUCAUAGUAAACCAGUUUGAUUUUGUUUUGCAGUAUAUACCCUAUAGAAACAUGUAAAUUUACGGUAAUCUUCAUUGAUUACCCAUACUGUUCCCCAUUGUAAGUUACAGCACUUAUGUUAUGAUCUGAGAAAUUAGCCACAAAAUUACUAAAUUGCCGUGCAUAUUACACUUAAUUGUUUCCUGGAAGAUUUUAUUACCAAGAACCGAAUGCAGCUUAUUAGUACCAUAGCCUUUGAAGGAAUUUUCAAAAAUUUUAUUUUAGCUUUUCAUUCUUGGAUCCAGUCUUUUGAAUCAUUUUGUAUCAAAUUAUUCUGUAAUUUUCCAGUAAGAUGAUAAUAGUAUUUCAUUCUCAACAUUUUAAGUAUUAAUUGUUUGAAGAUCCCAUGUAGUUACCAAGUACCUCUCAUUACAUGUGGUUAGUGUAUCUGUAUAUGUUAUAGGUUCUGCUGUGUACCACAUCUCUGGCCAUAGUGGCUUAGAGACAAGAAAUAGUAACUGAAAACAUAAAAUAGCACUACUUCUGAUAAACUGAAUAUUACAGAUUAUAAACAGAUUAUAAAACAAGUCUAAGUUAAUUGAUUACAGCCACUAAAAUUUAGGUUUUUUUUUUUUUCUCAAAAAUAGCUGUUAAUUUUUUAAUUCUAUUGAUUAAGUUAGUUGGAGAUGAGGAAUGCUGUUAAGCAUCAAUAAUAUAUUGUAAAUUAGAUUAUUUUGAUUUAUUAUUAGGUUUUUUCAUUUUAAAAGUUGGUAAAAGUUUCAACCAAAUUGGGAAUUGUUGAAGUCUUUGUGCAGAGAUGCAGCAGUCACUGGGUGCAAGGUCCUAACCAGUAGAUGGUGUAACUACUGUAUUUAAAGAUUUUAAUUUCUUCUAGAGUUCAUUGUAGUGCUAAUAGUACAUUUUUCAGUAAAAUACUGUAUCCUAGUAUAAACUGAUAUCUCAAAUGAAUGUCAUUGGUUAUUCAAGAUUGUGGUUUUUGCAAUAGUUGAUCAAAAAGAAAAAUUCUUAUGUAAAGAAUACUUAUCUCACUACUGUGUGACUGUACUAGUCUCCAGAACACAUGGAACUCACCCCUAAAAUUGUUUAGUAGCCAUUUUCACUGCUGUAGUGCUGUAUCUUUCAUCUUUCACAGUUUUCUUUGAGAGAAAAUAAGUAAAUUUGAGUUGUUAAUGACUUUUUGUUAGGCUUUUAGUUUUGUAUUUUGUUGGCAAUGAAUUUAUACACUACAUGAAUGACAAUUUGAAAUUUGUCCUCUCGCUUUCACAUUCUGGAAAAGGCUUAAUUUCUGCAUAUCUUGUAGCAGAUAAAAGGAAAAAAAAUUAAUUACUAUAGUAUUUACUUUUAUAUUCUGUGUCGAAUUUUUUUUUAAAAUUAUGAUAAAUAACGUAAUAGGUUGCCAUCUCUUACAUUGUAGGCUAGAGGUAUAUCGGCUAACAUUAGAAAGAUAUUGCUGUUCUAGUUCUAUAUAGAUUCCUUGGCUGGAUCUUAACUUUUCUACAUGGAAUGUAGGUGUUAGAAUAUAUAAAGGAUCAACAAUGUAUUGUUCAUUUUGUUAUCAAAGCUACUUUUAAUGUUGCUCCCUUUAGUUGAGAAAAUUAUUAGCAUUGUAACAUGAUCUGAUUGCAAUGAAAGGGGGAGAUAUUAACAUCAGUAACACUGUGUGUGAGCAAUUAAAUAACCCUAAUAGUUCCAAAGAACGGUCACUGCCAGUAGAACAUGAAAUACAGAGCUUAUGUUAAACUGUGGAAUGAGUGCUUUUGUAACCCCUUAGUAUUUUACCAGUUUUGAGCAAAUCUGUUAAGGCUCCUUGCUUAAGUUGUAGGGAAAAAUGUUUUAAUAGUUAAGGUUUCUGACAUCAAGUGUCUACCGCCAUAAUGCUUUACAGCAAAUGGUUUAGUAACUGAAAUUUUGUUUCAGUAUCCCUUAAAAGCUCCAGUGCCAGUAAUGCUGAAUGAAAAGUCUCAGAAUUUUGGGUAGGCAACUAUCUGAGAAGCCAUGACUAUAUUUAAAAUAAUUCUGACCUCUUGUAAUGAUUCUCACUAAGCAAACAGUGAAUCCAGGUCCAGUAAUGGAAGGUAACAAUAACAAUCAUGAUGCUUAUAUUUUAUAUUGUCUUCUCUUCUAACUAAAAUUAAUUUAAUUGCAUGUUCCUUCUUCUCUGCAGCAGUUAUGAAAAAAUGAUCCUAGAAUUUUAAGCAUUAUUCUGCCUGAUGAGAAUGUUGUAUUAGCAUAAUAUCGGCUUAUGGUAACAUUGUAAGUACAGUAAUACUGUCUUAAGGUUUUAUAUCAUCUUAGUUAAAUUUCUAUAAAUACUUGACAUGAAAAAGUUAAAUUUCUAUAAAUACUUAACAUGAAAAAUAAAAGAUUUUAUUAAUUUUUUUUUCUUUGACAAGAGAAAAAUAUUUUUUUUUCAAAGUUACUCUCAAACAAAACAUGGUUCCAUGCAAUGUAAAAGCACCAUACAAACAAAACAAACAAAACAUGUUUAAAUUUCAGUGAUAUAUAAAAUUUUAUGGUAUCAGAUCUGGGGUUCAUGCUUUAACUAUGCUUGAUAUUAUAUAUAAUUCAUGUACAGUAUUUGAUAAUUACUUUUACACUGUAAACUGUAGUGUUUUUUUUUUUUUUUUUGAGUGGUAGAAAUUGCAGCUUUUAUUCCAGAUAGCAAAUAUUUAGAAUAUACUAUGUAUUUAUUUAGGUACUGCUUAGGAAUUUAAAUGUUCUUGUUGUUGAUUACGUUAAUUUUUUUUUUUCAUUUUUGUUGAACUUUUCUUGUGUAUGGGAGGGAGUGUGAACAUGCAUGAACAAAUAUUUGCAUUUAUUGGCUGUUUAACUACCAUUUUUAUAAAACAAAAUAUGAAACUUGAUUUGUCAAUAUUAUCCAAGAGUUUUUAAUGUGAUACAUUAUUCCAACUUACAAAUGUCUAAAUGAAAUUGCAGCUGUUGUAUGUGUGUUUUAUGAAAUUUUUCAAGGUUGAUGGAUUUUGGUUUUUAUAUUUUUCUAGUUUAGCUACUUUUGUUGUCAGUUUGAGGAGUAAGCCUAAUUCAUGUAAGAAUUCUUGCCAGAGGCAGUGUUCAGUAUUAUACAGAUACUGAAACUAACCCAAGCUUUAUUACAGGCUGUUAGAGUUAGGUUAGUAGGUAGGUUUCCACAAAAUGCUUUUUGAAUUACAUUCAGAACACUUGCAUUUACACACUGGUAAACAUUGUAUAUGCUAGCUAUGCCUUGAUUUUUUUUUGUGAUUUGUGCUUAUAGCUUGAAGGAAGUUAUAAACCUCAGCAGUAGUUUUUAAUUUGGGUGGAUUGCAUGGAGUGAAAUUGUGUUACAUAUUGCGUAAGAGGUAGUAAAACUAACUAGCUAAUCUUAAACAGGAAUUAUUGCAAUAUUAAAGAAUUAUUUCUUGGAAUCAGAUAAUUGAAGACACUAAACGCUAAAUUCAACUAAGGAUUUGCAAUGUCGAACAGUGACAGUUUUACAAAUUAAUUUAGUUGGUGAAAAGGUUAACAUUUCAUAUUGCCAUAUUGUUGGGCUUUGAGAUAACAUGCUUAUUGCCGAUGGGUUUUUUUAUUUGCUGAAGUAGCACAGAAGCACUUAACUAUGCUACAUACAUAAUUACAGCAGUUACAUAGAAAAAUAUAUAUGUAUAGUACUUGGUUGCUGGACAACCCGGAGUUGUUUUGAAUUUGGGUUGGAAGUUGUAUAUUAAGCAAAGUUUUACUGUAAUUUUUGAAAUUGGCAAAAUGGCAGAUGAUUCUCAGAGACAAGUGUUACAAGCCAGUUACUCCCAUUUUUUAUUUUAGCAAAAUGUGAUUCUAAACUUUUCUAAAGAUACAUAUUGAAGUUAUUUACUCAAGAAGUUACUGUGCAGUAUAGUACAGUUAUUGUUGAAUGAUUCUUUUUAUUGUAUAAAGCCAGUUUCUUUGCUUCUUCCCUGUACAAUUAGUUGGUGAUACAUAUACGAUUCAUUUAUAACUGGUAAUGUAAUCAAAAUUUGCAUAAUGUAAUUUCACCAAAUUAAUAUUUUUUUUACAUUUUCAUAUCCAUGUUUACUUUGUUGUCCAGUCUAGCUAUUGACCCUUAUUUGAUCAAUAAAGUGGACCCCUUUUUGUUUGCCCAUGGAGUCUAUAAUUUUUUUGAAAACUGGGUCAGUAGUGUGGUUUAUAAUAAAUACCACAUUUGUAAAGAUCUUUAUUUAUUUUCAUCAUUUAGUUAUUGGGGAAACUUAUUUUAUUUUUAUAGCUUAACAUGUCACCAGUUCUGUCAGGUUUCCUAUCUGAUAGGGUCCUUUGUCCAUUCUCUUCAUUUUAUUUGUCUUUCCAAAAGUUAUUUUGGAUGAGGCCUUGUCCAUCUUCUCCCUCUUCUCUCCAGUGAAGUGACUUAAUAGUCAAGUAGGGUGUUAUGUUAUUACUAAAGAGACGCGAGUUUGCACUGUGAUGAAAUGAAUUUAUGAUAGCAGGUACACUAAAUAUAAUAAUGUUUUGAUAGAAACAAUAAAACCAUAGUUUUCAUCUGUAUACAGCUUUUUGAUUUGUUAGAACAAAUAGAACUUGGUUUGCCUUGUUUUUCAUACUUCUUUCUUCUAUUGGCCAAAAUAUUAACUGUUGAAUUUCAGCUUACAAUGUUAGCUAAUACAGAGACUGUACUGACUGAUAUAGUUGUUUUUGACUUUCUCAUGAACAUCACGCUCAGGCCUUGGCCCUCUGAAGCUCUCAUAUGUUCAUCCUCAUUAUCAUCACAUACAGUUUAUGUCAAUUUAAUAGAUAAUGAUUAUGUAAUAAAUGAUAUAUUAUAUAUAUAUACAAUAAUCCUAAA